UGACGCGGUGGCAGGAGCUGGGGCUGCGCGCUGUCCGCGGAGUGAGGGGACCCGGCGGGCGCGCGGGCCUGGCCCACGCUCCGUCGUCGGCGGUGCCUCUGCCGGCCGUCCCCUCUCCGGGGCCCCGAGAAGGCGAGCCAGGCCGCGCUCGAGGGCCCGGCGUGAGGAGGGGGCAUGGCCAGCGUCCCCCAGCUGGUGGACGACCUGUGCGAGGCCCUCCUGCCGGCCGCGAAGGCUCACUAUGGCCAGCGCCGCGGGAGCCGCAAGAAGGCCAAGCAGAGCCUCAAGAGGGUGGCCUACAACGUUCUGUUCACGAGCCUCUUUCAAGAUGAGACCCGCAAGCUGCAGCCCGGCUUCCCGAGACUCCCGGUGAAAAACAGGAUCCUCAUGCUGUCCUUCGACUUGCGAGUGAGCGGCCUGGGCGCUGAGGCCGACCGCCUGGAGGAGUUGGUGGAGGAGCUGGAGGCCGCGCAUCGCCGGCCGCUGGCGGAGCUGGGAUCCGUGCUGGACCUGCUGGUGCGGCUGGCGGGCAGCGGGCCCCCGCGCAUGCUGCGGCGCCGGCGGGACUUCUUCCUGCACAGCCGGCCCGUCGGGAGAGACGUUCCCUACGGCGGCUACGACUGCGGCGACCUGAGCGGGUUGGAGGCGGACGUGCGGUCGCUCAUCUCCGGAGAGGAGUAUCUCUGUCGGAACCUGGUCCGGAAGACGCUGCAGGUGAUGGAGGCGGCGCCGGGCACCGGCCUGCCCGCUGUCGGGCUUUUCUCGUAUGGCGACCCCUGCGGGGACAGGUUUGAGAGGGACACCCGUGUCUCGCUCUUCGGAGCCCUGGUGCACAGCCGCACGGCCGACCUGGACGUCCGCCUGGACCUGCCCCCGGUGCCGGACAGCGCAGACCUCUCCGGACUGGCCAUCAAGGUCCCUUCGAGCGUGGAUCAGUCGGAAGAUGAAGGGUUCCAGUCAGCAUCCAAUCUGACUCCUGAUUCCCAGUCUGAGCCGGGCGUGACUCCAGACAUUGACCUGUGGGACGCUGUACUCACCUACGAGGCCAGCAAGCGGAGGUGCUGGGAGCAAGUUGGAUGCCCGCCUGGCCACCGAGAGGAGCCCUACCUCACCGAGGCCGGAAGGGCCGCCUUCGACAGGUCCUGCCGGCUCUGCCAAGCGGGGCUGCAGGUGCUGGGCGGCGGCCUCCUGCAGGCCCCGCAGCCCGUCCUGGUGAAGGAGUGCGAGCUGGUGAAGGACGCGCUCAACAUCCUGAUUGGGGUCGUGUCCGCCACGUUUUCCCUCUGCCAGCCAGCUCCAGCCUUCACGGUGAAGCAGGGCGUCCACGUCUCGGGAGCGUCCCCCGAGAGCGUCAGCGGCCUCCUCUCGGAGGUGGCCGAGUGCGGGACCCACUACGCGCGCCUGAGCCACUUCUCUCUGCAGCCUGUGCUGGACACCUCGUGCAGCGAGGGCCUCGUGUUCCAGGCCUUCACCAGCGGCCUGAGGAGGUACCUGCAGUACUACCGGGCUUGUGUGCUCUCCACUCCGCCCACCCUGAGCCUCCUCACCAUUGGCUUUCUCUUCAAGAAACUGGGCCGGCAGCUCAGGUACCUGGCUGAGCUCUGUGGCGUCGGCACUGGACUCCUGGGCGCUGGGCGCGAAGCGCCCGGGGCUGCGUUCCCCACUGGGGUGAAGCUGCUCUCCUACCUCUACCAGGAGGCCCUGGACAACUGCAGCAACGAGCACUACCCAGUCCUGCUGUCUCUGCUGAAGACCAGCUGCGAGCCCUACACGCGGUUCAUCCACGACUGGGUGUACAGUGGGGUCUUCAGAGACGUUUACGGCGAGUUCAUGAUCCAGGUGAACCAUGAGUACUUGGGCUUCAGAGAUAAGUUUUACUGGACCCACGGCUACGUGCUCAUCUCCAAAGAGGUGGAGGACUGCGUCCCCGUGUUCCUGAGGCACGUUGCCCACGACGUGUACGUCUGCGGGAAGACCAUCAACCUGCUGAAGCUCUGCUGCCCCCGGCAUUACCUCUGCUGCUCCGAUGUCCCGGUUCCUCGCAUCUCGGUGAUAUUCUCCCUCGAGGAGCUGAAGGACAUCGAGAAGGACUGUGCCAUCUACGUGGGCCGGAUGGAGAGGGUGGCGCGCCACAGCUCCAUCAGCAAGGAGGAGAAGGAAUUACGAAUGGAAAUUGCAAAACAAGAAUUAAUUGUCCAGGCCCGGGAAGCUGCGUCCAGGGUCCUGAGCGCGCUCAGCGAUCGGCAGCUGUCUGAGCGGAUGGCCUUGGAUGCCCAGAAGCGAGAGCAGUUUCAGAGGCUGAAGGAGCAGUUUGUGAAGGACCGGGAGCGCCGCCGGGCGGCCAGGCAGGAGGAACUGGAUGAUGACUUCAGCUACGCCCGCGAGCUCCGGGACCGGCAGAGGAGGCUGAAGGCCCUGGAGGAGCAGCUGGAGAGGAAGGCCAGGCAGGCCCUGGUGGAUCGGUACAGCCAGCUGUCCGCAGAGGCAGCUCGUCGGGAGCAGAGGGCGCUGUGGAAGGUCCGGAGGCACAGAUUGGCCGGCGCUCGGCUUCGUUUUCUCUUAGAAGAUCAGACACGCGUUCAGGAGCUGCUGGACGACAUGGCUGAGGGGAAGCCCCUGGAGCCGCUGGCCGUCCUCCCGGGUGCCUGCUCCCAGGCUUCCUUUCUGGGCCCUGAGCGCCCAGACGGAGGCUGCAGCUGCGAUUCUGGGCGUGAGGAGCAACACGAGGCCGCCCGGGACAGCCCUGACAGGCAGAGCGUGCUGACGCCGCAGCCCCUCGAGUCUCCAGCAGCGGGGGCCUGCGGCUCAGGGCCAGGUGCAGGCCCGCCGUCAGAGCAGGCGGAGGAGCCGGGGCCGUUCUCUGUGGGCCUCAGCAUCCAAGACUUCCUGCCCGCGGCCCAGGGGGCUGAGCAGCCUGUGCUCACCAGCGCGGCCCCCGUCCUGGACGAGGCGCUGCAGACCAUCGGCUCGGACCUGCCUCCCCUGGCUCCGUCCGCAGCAGCAGACACGGGGCCCUCCGGGCCACAGGAGUACGAUUUCAGAACCAUCCUGAGGCCGGCUGUGGCCGCCCCAGCUUCCCCAGGGGCCCUCCAGACUGCAGGAGGAAGCUUGGGCAGUGAGGGGCAGCAGCUGCGGGAGGACACUCACGUGCAGCCGGACACGUGUGUCCCAGAUGGGCGGGUGGCUCUGCCUCAGGCGCACCCCCCCCAGCACCCCUCCCGCCAGGAGGAGAGCAGCCAGGCCACGGGGCAGCUCUGUGGGCAAGUGGCAGAGCCUGGUGUUCCCACAGAGGGUUAUGCUUCUGGAAUGGCUCUCUCCCGGCCACGGUGGAACGUCCACGGACACGUGUCUGAUGCCAGCAUCAGGGUGGGGGAGAACGUGUGGGAUGUGGCCCCCUCCCGGCCACGGUGGAACGUCCACGGACACGUGUCUGAUGCCAGCAUCAGGGUGGGGGAGAACGUGUGGGAUGUGGCCCCCUCCCGGCCACGGUGGAAUGUCCACGGACACGUGUCUCAGUCCAGUGUGAUGCUGGGGGUGCUCUCAGGGGAAGCCGAGCCCAACGUGCCUGGGCCCCCCUGGGCGCCCCCUGACCAUGGGUCCCAGUCAGGCCUCAGCUUGGGAGCCCAGAGCCCUGCCCGGGAACAGGAGCCACGGCUGCCUGCAGAGACGGCCUCAGGUGGCUCCGGUGCACAAGUGGCUGGACCUGGCUCUGGCCGUGGGGAGGAGAGCGGCCUGCAGGCCUUGCUGUCUGCGGAGGCUGCACCCACUGCUCUGGAAGACAGUAUCCCUGAGGAGCCAGGCCCGGGGGCGAGUGGGGACUCCCAGGAUCUCUCUCCAAGUGGCCCUCCGAGCUCACAGGUCAGGGCAGACGUGGUCAGGGGUUGGGGAUCGGGAGUCGGGGGAGCGUCUGCUGCUGGUGGGCCCGCUGCCCCCACCUGGCCUGUCGUGGGCAGUGAGGGCUCCGUCCUGGGACUGGGCGGCACGUGGGGGAUUCCCGCCGCCCCGUCCGUCCUCUUCCACACGAGGGGAACAGGCGGGUUCCUUGAGGCUGGGUUGUUUCAGGAGGGCGUGGACACCCGGAGCAGCCCAGGCCCUGGCGAGGAGGCGGCCCAGCGCUGGGACAGGGAGCAGGCGUACUUGGCGGGCCUGGCGGGGCGGUAUUGCCUGGAGCAGUACCCGGACAGCUACGAGGCCAUGUCAGAGCCUCCCGUCGCCCGCCUCCUGCACCACGGGCUUCCCCGAGCUUUCGCCCUCCCCGAGGACCCCGGGGCCCGGUCAGACGCGGACGAGAGCGCGGUGCAGCUGAGCGAGCUGCUGCCACUGCCCGUGCUCAUGAAGCACUCCAUCACGGCCCCGCUGGCUGCCCAUGUCUCCCUGGUGAACAAGGCCGCGGUCGACUACUUCUUCGUGGAGCUGCACCUCGGGGCGCACUUCGAGGCGCUGCGGCACUUCCUGCUGAUGGAGGACGGGGAGUUUGCGCAGUCCCUCAGCGACCUGCUCUUUGAGAAGCUCGGGGCGGGACAGACGCCUGGGGAGCUCCUCAGCCCGCUGGUGCUCAACUCCGUGCUGAGCAAGGCCCUGCAGUACAGCCUGCACGGCGACACCCCGCACGCCGCCAACCUCUCCUUCGCCCUCAAGUUCCUGCCCGAGACGUUUGCCCCCAAUGCCCCGGACGUGCUGAGCUGCCUGGAGCUCAGGUACAAGGUUGACUGGCCCCUCAACAUCGUGGUCACUGAGGGCUGCUUGAGCAGGUACAGCGGCAUUUUCUCCUUCCUGUUGCAGUUGAAGCUCAUGAUGUGGACACUCAAGGAUGUCUGCUUCCACCUCAAGCGCACAGCACGGGUGAGCCACGCGGCCGGCUCGGUGCAGUUCCGCCAGCUGCAGCUGUUCAAGCACGAGAUGCAGCACUUUGUGAAGGUCAUCCAGGGCUACAUCGCCAACCAGAUCCUGCACGUCACCUGGUGUGAGUUCCAGGCCAGGCUGGCCUCGGUGGGCGACCUAGAGGAGAUCCAGCGUGCCCAUGCCGAGUACCUGCACAAGGCUGUCUUCAGGGGCCUGCUGACAGAGAAGGCGGCGCCCGUCAUGAACAUCAUCCACAGCAUCUUCAGCCUGGUCCUCAAGUUCCGCAGCCAGCUCAUCUCCCAGCCCUGGGGCCCGGCCAGCGGCUCCCGCGGCCCCGAGCACCCCAGCUUCGCCCUCAUGCAGCAGUCCUACAGCACCUUCAAGUACUACUCCCACUUCCUCUUCAAAGUGGUGAGCAAGCUGGUGAACCGCGGCUACCAGCCCCACCUGGAGGACUUCCUGCUGCGCAUCAACUUCAACAGCUACUACCAGGACGCCUGAGGCCUGUGUGGCGUGGCGGGUGCCUGGGCUGGAAUAAAGGUGCUGCCCGCCCCA